GGCCGUGGGCGGUGUCGCCGCGGCUCCCCGGCCGUGUGGCUGUCCCCGGCGCUGUCCCCAGCCCGCGGCGUGCAUGGCCCUGCGCGGGCGGCGAUGGCUGCGCGCUGAUGGCCCAGCUCGCCAUGGCCGCCCGAGAGGAGCUCUACAGCAAAGUCAUCCCCCGGCGGAGCCGCCAGCACCGCGCCGGGACCAUCAAACAUGGCUCUUCGCUGGACAUCCUGCUCUCCAUGGGCUUCCCCAAAGCUCGGGCACAAAAAGCGCUGGCAUCGACAGGUGGAAGGAGUGUCCAAGCAGCAUGCGACUGGCUCUUCUCCCACGUGGGUGACCCGUUCCUGGAUGACUCCCUGCCCCGGGAGUACGUGCUGUACCUGCGCCCCACCGGGCCCCUGGCGCAGAAGCUCUCCGAGUUCUGGCAGCAGUCCAAGCAGAUCUGUGGCAAGAACAAAGCCCACAACAUCUUCCCCCACAUCACCCUCUGCCAGUUCUUCAUGUGUGAGGACGGCAAGGUGGACGCUCUGACGGAAGCCCUGCAGGCCACGGUGAUGCGCUGGAAAUGCAAAUUCCCCGUGCCCCUGCCCCUGGAGCUCUACACAUCCUCCAACUUCAUCGGGCUCUUCGUCAAGGAGGAGAGUGCUGAGGUGCUCAAGAAGUUUGCUGCAGACUUCGCUGCAGAGGCGGCUUCCAAAGCAGAUGUCCACGUGGAGCCCCACAAGAAGCAACUCCACGUCACCCUGGCCUAUCACUUCCAGAGCAGCCACCUGCCCACGCUGGAGAAGCUGGCCCAGAGCAUCGAUGUCAAGCUGGGCUGUGACUGGGUGGCCGCGAUCUUCUCCCGCGACAUUCGCUUCGUCAACCACGAGACUCUGCAAGUGAUCUACCCCUACACGCCCCAGAACGACGACGAGCUGGAGCUGGUCCCAGGGGAUUUCAUUUUCAUGUCCCCAGUGGAGCAAAGCAGCACGAGCGAGGGCUGGAUUUAUGGCAUCUCCCUUGCCACUGGCUGCUCGGGGCUGCUGCCCGAGAACUACGUCACCAAGGCGGAUGAAUGUGGCACCUGGGUGUUCCAUGGGUCCUACUCCAUCCUGAACACCACAUCUUGCCCAUCCCUCCAAGCCUUUGCUGAUGGAGCUCUGGAGAGGAGGCAGCAGGAAGACCAAGGGCCAGGGGACGCUGGGCCACUCACCAUCAUCUGCCAGAACGUGCAGCCCCUGAGGAUAAGCAGCCAGCCGGGCCCUCAGAAGCGCUGCCUGUUCGUCUGCAGGCACGGCGAGAGGAUGGAUGUGGUUUUUGGGAAGUACUGGCUGUCCCAGUGCUUUGAUGCCAAAGGCAGGUACAUGCGCAGCAACCUGAACAUGCCUCACAACUUACCUCAGAGGAGUGGUGGUUUCAGGGAUUAUGAAAAGGAUGCUCCCAUCACCGUGCUGGGCUGCACCCAGGCGAGGCUCGUGGGGGAAGCCUUGCUGGAAAGCAACACCGUUGUAGACUACAUCUACAGCUCGCCCUCGCUGCGCUGCGUGCAGACAGCUCACAACAUCCUGAAAGGCAUGCAGCAGGAGCACAGCCUGCGGAUCCGGGUGGAGCCCGGCCUGUUCGAGUGGACCAAGUGGGUGUCGGGGAGCUCGCUGCCCGCCUGGAUCCCGCCCGCCGACCUGGCUGCAGCCACGCUCAGCGUGGACACAACCUACAGACCUCACAUUCCUGUCAGCAAGCUGGUGGUUUCUGAGUCCUACGACUCCUACAUAAGCAGGAGCUACCAAGUGACGAAGGAAAUCAUCAGUGAAUGUAAAGGCAAAGGAAACAACAUCCUGAUCGUGGCUCAUGCAUCCUCCCUGGAGGCCUGCACCUGCCAGCUGCAGGGGCUGUCCCCCCAGAACUCCAAGGACUUUGUGCAGAUGGUGCGCAAGAUUCCCUACCUGGGCUUCUGCUCCUGCGAAGAGCUGGGGGACACGGGUGUGUGGCAGCUCACAGACCCUCCCAUCCUCCCUCUCACUCAUGGACCAACUGGAGGCUUUAACUGGAGAGAAACCCUCCUGCAGGAGUAGGGAGCAGCCAGCAAGGACAGCCCUUCCCAGCACUGGAGAAUGUCUCCUCUUCUUCUUCUUCAUCUUCUUCUUCCUCCUUGUGUUUUAUUGCCAGCAGGAAACCCCUCCUCACCUGUCCCUCCAAGCACAUCUCACACAGCCACAGCCCUGCAAAAAGUCUUUUUACAUUUAUCAGCGAAUUUACAACAAAAUGCUCUGAUUUGAGGGGGGGAAAAAAUAUUAAACUACAGCUUGAGGCUCUGGCAGAGCUCGGGGUUGGUUUCCUCUGGUGACACUUUCACUGCCACUGCAGCAGGAGGGACAAGGAGCCCUGGGUGGGGCAGGAUGCUGGGGCUGUUUUCUCACUGCUGUUUCUGCAAAGUGUCUGCAGCCUCGUUCAGCACCUCGUGCUUGCUCCACUCGCAGCCCCCAAAGCCUCAGCACCUCGCAGAAAAGUCAGAGGGUUUCACUUCCUUCCCCGAGGCUGGAGAUGAGCCCAGCGCCGCCUCUGCAGGCUGCAGGAGGUGAUUCCUCUCCUCCAGAGAUGGGAGGGCUCCAAACCUGCUGGGGUUGAGCAGAGACUGGCUGGGAUUUGGGAAAAUGAGAGAUUGGUUGGAAUUAGGGAAAAGAGAUUGGUUGGUAUUAAGGAAAAGAAGAGAUUGGCUGAUAUUAAAGAAAAGAGAUUGGUUAAUAUUAAAGAAAAGAUUGGCUGAUAUUAAAGAAAAGAGAUUGGUUAAUAUUAAAGAAAAGAAAAGAUUGGCUGAUAUUAAAGAAAAGAGAUUGGUUAAUAUUAAAGAAAAGAAAAGAUUGGCUGAUAUUAAAGAAAAGAAGAGAUUGGCUGAUAUUAAAGAAAAUAAGAGAUUGUUGACAUUAAAGAAAAGAAAAGAUUGGCUAAUAGUAAGAAAAGAAGAGAUUGGUUGAAAUUAAAGGAAAAAAGAGAUUGGCUGAUAUUAAAGAAGAGACUGGUUGAUAUUAAAGAAAAUAAGAGAUUGGCUGAUAUUAAAGAAAAGAGAUUGGUUAAUAUUAAAGAAAAGAUUGGCUGAUAUUAAAGAAAAGAAAA